CUUAAAUUUAUGAAGAACAUUGAUCCUAAUGUAGUUUUUCUUAAAUAAGAAAAAUGGGAUUUAGAAUAGUCAGAAGUAUUACUCCUAAAUAAAUAUAGCCAACUCCUUGUAAAUAAAUUGAAGUACCUAAUUUUGUUACUAUUCCAACUGUUACUUAGACUUAAAUCUAAAUGCCUACUGUUUAUAUACACUCUAAUAUAGUGUAUCCUGAUGAAAAUGAAUACUCUUGUGACGAAGAAGAUUUAGAAGCUAACAUUGAUCCUAAAAUAAUAUAGCAAUUGGAUCUUAGAAGUCAUCUCAAUUCUAAUCGAAAUUAUUCUAAACAAUAUUCCCUACUCAAUACAUUUGAAUAUGAUGAAACUUAUUAUAACAAAAAAAUUGAAAGACUAUAAAGACCACUUUUGAGAAUCUUCAUGCGUGCACAAGAAAAUGAGUAAAUUUUUUAUUGCUAAUUAGUUAUCGUAUGAAUGUAGCUUUUAGACCAAGUAAAGCUUACAAAUAAAAAAGAUAAAAACAUUUAGACAUUUAAUCUAUUGAUGUUGCCAGAGAAAUUUUAUUGAAUGAAAAUUAAAUUGCACUUAAUCUCUUAAAAUAAAUUAAACAAAGAGAACUGUUAAAAUUACAAUUAAUUAAAGAAGAAGAGUUCAAUUUUAUCAAUACAUUCAAUUAUUGUAAUGAUUUAUUUGGAAAUCUCAAAGAACUUAAACGUUUCUAUAAACCAGAAGAAUAAAUUGAAUAACAAAAAGAUAAUAGAAAUAAAAUAUUUGAAUCUUGUUCUAAUUAUGAAUGUUCUUAUUAAUUCUAUUCUAUGUCCUUAUCUACAGAUCUUAUUGAUUUUAUGGAUGAAUAAUAUCAAUCAAUUAAAGAUAAAUGUAUUGUAUGGCCAAAAAAUCCUACAAUGCUCUAAUCAUGGGAUAUUGAUAUUUAUACUAAAUUAGGAGUUCAUUAAUUAAAUAAAUAACUCAUUUAUACAACUAAUAAUAGAACUUUAUUAAUUGCUGAUAAAACUAAGAAAAAUAAAAAAAAAGUUAAACUUAUGUUAAUUGAUCGCAAUAGAGCAUCUAUAUUUGAUGGAGUUAGAGCUAAUUUUGAUCAUUUUUAUGCUCAUUAUUAAAAAAUAAAUUAAAAAUAAGAAUAAAGUAUUGAUUAAUAAAGAAAAGAAUGUUAAAAGAUUAGAUUUGAAAAAUAAAAAAAAGAACAUUAACUUAAAUUAUAAUAGAAAAAAGAAGAAUUAAAAUAGUCUUUGAGAUUUAAAUUGAGAAUUCUAUAAGAUGUUGAUCAACCUAUUUGCACUAUUAAAAUUAAACAUUCAGAUGAUUUAAAAUUUUAAUUAGUUAAAGAAAUCCAUUUUAAUUCUCAAGUUAUACUUGUAUGA